AAACCCCCACACUCUCCCGCCGGAAUAUCAAUGCAAAUCACACUUGCAAGUUCCAACCGUUGGAUUCGCCGGAGCAAAAUCACAGUAAAGUAACCUCAAAGAUCUGUGAAUAUUCAAAUGUGUUAACAAUUUUGAUCGAUAUACUCAUAAUCUAGGGUUCCGUAAUUGUGCCAAAUUGGAGGUUUAGAUUCUCGAAGAUUUCGAAUUUUCCAGUAAUCGGAAAAUGAAGCUGAAGAUCAAUAAAGCAUCGGAUCUCAGUUCUAUAUCCGUUCUUCCUCCUCAUGCAAGGAGGCCUAGUGUGGUACCAAGUGCAGCAGAGUCUUCUGUAUUUGGGAAAGGCCAAGCGUCACAGGUUCGGUCACAGCAGCAAUCACAACAAUCCUUCUCACAGGGAUUUUCAUCUCAGCAAAUGACCUACUCUCAGCCAUCUCAGAGCUCUCUGGAUGAAUUUGUCACACAUGAACAUAGAUUAGGUUCUCAAGAAAGAGAAAAUUCAGCAAAAAGGCUGAGCUCUUUGCCUCAUAUCAACUACACACGAGAAGAGAAUCAACUGCAGUUAUCAAAACCUUCGGCCAAUUAUAUACGCAAAUGGUCAGUUCCUGAAAACAAAUACCAGAUCACUGAAGAACUUGACCACAAAAUUGGAAUGGUAGAGACUUCAUUAAGCAGGCAGGGAAUGAUCUUAGAUUCUAUUCAGAGUGAUAUAAUGCAAGUUAAUCGGGGAACAAAAGAGAUACUGAUGGAGAUGGAAAGCUUACGGCCAAAGAUAGUUUCUCAUGAUGAACUAUUGCAAUUGAUGAACAAGGGGAUGGAAGAUCUGAAAGCUAGCCUGGAGGGGACCAUCAAAUCCAUGUUUGAAGAGCUGAGGGAGAAUACAUAUCAAGAGGACAUCAGGGAUCUUUUAUCACUGGUUAGAGCUAUUCCCAACAAACUUGAGAUGUGCAUUUUGCGACUUCAAACUGAUUUGAGCAAGACCUUGGCUAAAGAGAUUCAGAUAAUUGCCACCCACCCAGAUUGUCAUGGACAAAAACAUGAUAGUGCUCCAGUCGAUCCACCAAAAAUAAUUGCCCUCCGUCCAGAUUGUCAUGGACAAAAACAUGAAACUGCUCCAGUCGAUCCACCAAAAGGCAUCAAUGAUUGUAACCCUCCACGUGAAGUGAAGUUUCUAAAUAAAGAUCAGAAAACGACUAUGCUGCCGAAGAUUGAAAUGGGAGGCUGGACUACAGUAAAAAAUAACCAAACUUGUAUGAAGCAAGCAAUUCCCGACAGAAGUCGCAAACAGAAUGAAACAUUUCAACAGAAAAUUCCCAUCAGAAGUCACAAACAGAAAGAAGCAUUUCAACAGGGAAGGGAAUGUAGAAUUACCAUUGAAUCUGAUGAGGAUAUUGGUGCAGCCUUUUCCUGCUUGCUUGAAGAAAAUGGAAAAGGGAUUUGUCCACUAGAUGAUGCAAAGGAAGAGAGUGCACGCAUAUUAAGGAAAGCAAGGAGGCGAAAGAGAAAGCAUUUUAACACUAUCAUUAUAGAUUGAAGGUACUCAACGACAAUUUAUAAUCCGCUCAAGGUUCUGUGAUUUGAUAAGCAGUAAAAAAUGUAUUAUUUUUUCAUCCGUCUUUCCUUAGCCGAUACAGGACAUGUUGUUUGUAAUUCUGUGCUCCAUUAUUAUUAGAAAAUCCCCCACUGGUCAUUACAUAGCAAGCAUAAUCUAUGCUGUUGCUGCAAUGCGCAGUCUUGAGUGAUUGUAUAUCUUUCCAAUGCCCAUAAUAAUAAGUAAAAUACCAGAUUAGUAAAUAAUUACAAGCAAUAUGAGUGAUGUUUUA